ACACAGCAAAAGCAGCUACUACACAAAGAUCUCUUCCCACCAAACAAUCUAAAAGGAUGGAUCCCAUCAGGCGCAGAGAGUCAGUUUGCAGGAGUCUGUUUGGCCCGGUGGACCGAGAGCAGCUGCGCCGUGAGCUGACGCAGAAGAUGAGGGAGAUCACAGAGCAGGACAGCCGCCGCUGGAACUUUAACUUCCAGACGGAGACUCCGCUGCAGGGCGGGUUUCAGUGGGAGGAGAUACCCGCUGAGUCGGCUGCUAAUGUCUACCAGGAGUCCGCACAGCAGAGGACGGGUGUAUGUUCUGCACACACUGAGGAACAUGAGAGGCUCAGCGACCGUGAGGAGAGUGGAGGGGCCGACCAGGAGAACUGCUCCAGCGUCUCCAACACACGGAAGUGUCCCGCAGAGGUGACACCAGUCCGGAUGAAGAGGACGCUCUCAAAGUCUGCAACCAAGCCCAGGAGCAAUGCGCGAAUCACAGAUUUCUUUGCAAAGAGGAGGAGGACAACAGAAAGCAAGAGCAUCUUGAACCCUUUCCACACAAGUUCCAGUGAAGCAGCUCUGUGCAAAACUAUUCGGUGAUCAUGCUGCUUAAAAUAAUGGACUAUAUUUAUACCUAAUGGACUGAAUCAAAGCCCAUUCACUGCACCAAAGGAUUUUAUGUUAUGUUUUUUUAUUUUAUUACUUCCUUUUAUUUUAUUGCCAACUUUAGCAUUUGUGCACCAUGGAUAAGUUAUACCACUUUCUGUCUAUUUAUAUUAUUUAUGAACCUUUAUUUAACGUCUUUGCUUUUUAUGUUUAAUUCACAAAUAUGUCUGUUCAAAGAUUCAUUUGCAUUAUUAUGUGAGCAAGAACAUUUCUACGACUGACUGAUCCUUUGUUUCUGUACGUUUCAUUUCUUUCUCAAUGUUGUUGGUGGAUUUUUGUAUUAUGACGUGCUUAACUAAAUGGAACGGCACUGUUUUGUUCUUGUCAUGUUUGCCUAGAUUUACUGAGAAUGUAAAGCCUUCCAAUAUUGCA